AUGAAGUCUGUCAUUGCAUUCACUUCCGCCCUCCUGGCAACCCUCAACUUUGCUACUGCUGCUCCCGCUGCGGGUGUAGCACAGACCGUAUCUGUCAGCUUCGACCCCAAGUACGAUGUUGCAACAUCCUCUCUCAACACUGUUGCCUGUUCCGACGGCACCAACGGCCUGGUAACUGCAGGUUAUACCGACUUUGGCUCGCUGCCCAAAUUUCCCAAUAUCGGCGGUUCCCCCACCAUCCUGGGUUGGAACAGCCCGAACUGCGGUGCUUGCUACCAGCUGCACUACUCAAAUGGCAAGGUCGACAAUACCAUCAACGUGAUUGCCAUCGAUGCGGCGCCUGGUGGCUUCAACAUUGGCCUGCAAGCCAUGAACCUGUUGACCAACAACCAGGCUGAAAGCCUGGGUCGCAUCGACGCCACUUAUGUCGAGGUGGAUGCUAGCGUGUGCGGCUUGUAA